GACGUUUGACCUUUAUUUAUUUUGACGUUUACUAUAUCUGCAACAAUGUACGACGUAAAGUGAAAUUGUUUUGUAAGGAGAAAGCUCAAUAAAUCGCAUAAAUAACUGAUUUAAACCGUACGAAUUGUCUGUAUGCAAGAUGGAUUUGGCAAAAUCUCUGUUUAGUUCGCGCGAUCAUGUCGGUUACGUGGGCCGCGAAGACCAUGAACGUAAAAUAAGUGCUGCACUAGCUGACGACGAUCCGGAAGACAUGAUCGAUGCGAUACGAGGAUUAAAUAUUGCUGACGAACUUCUACCAGCACCCGGCGGGCCGUUUUCUGCACUCACACCCAGUAUGGUCCCGCAAGAUAUAAUGGCUAAACUGGCGCAACCAGAAUCUGAAGGUCACGGUGGUGGACUUCCAGACUACAGAUUUGAUGAAUUUGGAUUUUGUGUUGACGAAGAAGAUGGACCUGAACAGAGUUCUAACAAGUUACUUGCAGACGCAUUCGUGGAGGAUGAUCAACACCGUCUUCAAUGGGAAUUUUAUAGCAAGGAAAUCAACUUUUCUGAAGGUGAAGGAAAGUUAGAAAAAACUGAUAAACUGCAAAAAAUGGUGAAAGAUGGCGUUCCACAUUCACUCCGACCUCAAGUAUGGAUGCACUUAUGUGGCGCUAAUAAAAAGAGAGCUUCCACUGAAAUUACAUACCAUGAGAUAGUAAGAGCGUCAAGUGAUGAUGGGUUGGUAACAAGUAAACAAAUCGAAAAGGACUUGGUUCAAAUACUUCCUAAUAAUGUUUGUUUUUCACACCCAACAAGCACUGGAGUGCCAAGGUUGCGUAGAAUAUUGAGAGCACUGGCCUGGCUUUAUCCUGAUAUAGGAUAUUGUCAGGGUACUGGAAUGAUUGCAGCAUCUUUACUAUUGUUAAUGGAAGAAGAAGAUGCUUUUUGGAUCAUGUGUACCACCGUUGAAGACUUGCUGCCAGCAUCUUACUACUCUUCAACUCUUAUAGGGAUCCAGGCUGAUCAAAAAGUAUUAAGAAGCCUGAUAUCAACUUAUUUACCUGGCAUUGACCAAGUAUUAAACGCCCAUGACAUUGAGCUCUCUCUGAUAACAAUGCAUUGGUUCCUAACAUUGUAUGCCAAUGUUGUCCACAUGAAAAUUUUGCUAAGAAUAUGGGACCUAUUCUUUUUAGAUGGCUCUUUAGUGCUAUUUAAGGUUACGUUGGCUAUGUUAAAAAUAAGGGAGAACAGAUUCACAGAAAUUUCUAAUUCAGCACAAAUUUUUAAUGCACUCUCAGAUAUACCUGGAGAAAUUGAUGAUGUAGAGCUCCUGAUUAAAACAAUAGAUGAAGUUUGUGGUGAUACUUUGAGUCCCACACUGAUUGACACUCAUAGAAGAAGACAUUUAGCAUAUCUGAUGGCUGAUCAGGGUGCUCUUGUGGGUAAUCCAAGUGCGGUGCCUAAUUUACCUAAGCAGCAGCUUCAAAGACGUCAGAUAAAGAAAAGCAAGUCAGUAAUACAAACAAUACUGUUUGGAGAAGAUAGCAAUAAUGAAGAUGCCGUUUCAAAGAACGUCAAGCAGACUGAAAUUUUGGUUGAUCUCAGGGAAGCAAUUUUGCAAGUUGCUCGCCACUUCUUAGCUCUAGAGCCUCAACUUGCUUCUGAGGUACAGUUGACUGCAGAUUAUACGAUGCAAAGUCAUGCAGCUGAUAGAGAGAGGUAUGUCAAUGUAUCGAGAAGUAAAAGAAGACGAGCCAAAGCCCUUUUAGACUUUGAAAGAAGAGAUGGAGAUGAAUUGGGUUUUAGGAAAAAUGACGUCAUUGAAGUAAUCAGUUCUAGGGAUGAACACUGCUGGAUUGGCGAGUUGAAUGGUCUCAGAGGCUGGUUUCCAGCGAGAUUUGUUAAGCUGCUUGACGAAAAAGGUGUAAAGUAUAGCAGGGCGGGAGAUGACUCCGUUACGGAAAAAGCUGCACAUCUGGUUAGAGGAGUUUUAGCUCCAGCUUUCAAAAGGGUGCUCCUUCAUGGUAUUAAACGACCUAGCUUCCUGGAUGGGCCAUGUCACCCGUGGCUUUUUAUAGAAGAGGCAUCAUCGCGUGAAGUCGAAAAAGAUUUUAAUUCCGUCUAUAGUCGUUUGGUGUUGUGUAAGACAUAUCGUUUGGAUGAAGAUGGAAAAGUUUUGACGCCAGAAGAAUUAUUAUACAGAUGUGUACAAGCCAUUAACUUGUCUCACGAUAAUGCACAUGCUCAAAUGGACGUCAAAUUACGCACAUUAAUUUGUAUGGGAUUAAACGAAGAAGCCUUGCAUUUAUGGCUGGAAGUAUUAUGCUCAUGUGUGGAUGUUGUCCAAAAAUGGUACCACCCGUGGUCAUUCAUUAAUUCACCAGGGUGGGUACAAAUUAAAUGCGAAUUAAGAAUCCUUUCCCAGUUCGGGUUUAAUUUAAAUCCAGAUUGGGAACUUCCACUAAAAAAAGAUACACAAAAUCAGCCUUUAAAAGAAGGAGUGAGAGACAUGUUGGUAAAACAUCAUUUGUUUUCGUGGGAUUUGUAAUUUUUGAAUUUUAAAGCUUUUUUAUAUUUAUGCAAUUUAAUAUCAAAUAUGUAAAUAAAAAUUGUACCUGUGCACUGUUCGCCUAAUAUAUCAAUUUUACGCUUAUUCUAAGAGCUAAAUAAAAUAUAAUGUGAAUACA